UAUGCUCUUGGCACGGUGGUAGCUGCGACAAAGGCAUCUAAUGGGCUUCCUCAGCCUGGCGAUGAGUACGACUUCUACCGAAGCUUCCCUGGCUUCCGGGCGUACUGUGAAAGACAGGGUGACCGUCUCCUUCAGUGCAUGAGCAAGGUGAUGCAAUACCAUGGCUGCCAUAGCCACAUAAAAGAUCGCAGCAAAGUGACAGAGCUAGAAGAUAAAUUUGACAUGCUGGUUGACUCCAAUGACGUCAUUCUUGAAAGAGUGGGUAUUUUAUUGGACGAGGCAGCAGGAGUGAACAAAAACCAGCAACCGGUCCUCCCUGCUGGGUUACAGCCCCCACAGACGAUCAUUUCCAGCUGGAACCGCAAGGCGGGAGAAUCCCACAAGAGAGCUCAGUCCGAGACCUUCCGACUGCUUCAUGCCAAGAAUAUCUCUCGACCACAGCUUAAGUUUCGGGAAAAGAUUGACAACUCCAACACUCCCUUUGUACCUAAACUUUUUAUCAAGCCAAAUGCUUUGAAACCUUUGCCUGAAGCCCUCACAAAAAGUGGACGGGAACGAAAGGAGCGCCCUGAAGACUUGGAUGUGCCAGCUGCUUUGGCAGACUUCAUACACCAGCAGAGGACGCAGCAAACUGAGCAAGACAUGUUUGCUCACCCUUACCAGUAUGAACUGGAGCAUUUUUCUCCACCAGAUGGAGUUCUCACGAAACCAGAACCCCAGAUGUACAGACCCAUCAAGGAAACACCCUGUCAUUUUAUCACCACACUGGAUGAGCUGGUACAACUAAAUGAAAAGCUUAUGAACUGUAAAGAAUUUGCCCUGGACUUAGAGCACCAUUCCUACAGGAGCUUCCUGGGCUUGACAUGUCUGAUGCAGAUUUCCACCCGAACAGAGGACUUCAUCAUUGAUGCGCUGGAAUUGCGCAGCGACAUGAACAUUCUCAAUGAGACCUUCACAGACCCUGCAAUUGUGAAGGUCCUUCAUGGUGCUGAUUCAGAUGUGGAAUGGCUGCAAAAAGACUUUGGCCUGUACUUGGUGAACAUGUUUGAUACUCACCAAGCUGCUCGUCUCCUCAAUCUUGGCAGGCACUCUUUGGACCACUUGCUAAAGCUGUAUUGCAAUGUAGAUUCUGACAAGCAGUACCAGCUGGCUGACUGGAGGAUACGCCCUUUGCCAGAAGAAAUGAUUCGGUAUGCCCGUGAUGAUACUCACUACUUGCUCUACAUCUAUGAUAAAGUGAGGGAGGCGCUGUGGGAGAGAGGGAACGAGCAGCCCACUCAGCUGCAGGUUGUGUGGCAACGCAGCAGGGACAUCUGCCUGAAGAAAUACAUCAAGCCCCUCUUUACAGAUGAGUCCUACCUUGAGCUCUACAGGAGGCAGAAAAAACACCUCAACACACAGCAGCUGGCAGCAUUUAGGUUGCUGUUUGCAUGGAGAGACAAGAUGGCGCGUCAAGAGGAUGAGAGUACAGGAUAUGUGCUACCAAAUCAUAUGCUAUUGAAGAUAGCGGAGGAGCUGCCCAAAGAACCCCAGGGCAUCAUUGCUUGCUGUAAUCCAGUCCCACCACUAGUUCGCCAGCAGAUUAAUGAAUUGCAUCUUCUCAUCCAGCAGGCCCGGGAGAUGCCUUUGCUUAAGUCGGAGAUUGCUUUGUCAGUCAAGAAGAGAGCGCCUCUAUCCAACCCUGAGAGGCUGGAGAAUACCUUCUUUGGACCACAUGACAGUUCCCGGAUUCCUAUGGAUGAUUUUCAGAACAACUCUGCCUUGGACAGUGAGAGGACAAUGAAUAUUCAGGGUGUUCAACCAGAGUCAACAUGUCUUGUUGCGACUGCCACUGUCAGCAUAUUCAGUGAAUGUGAUGAAGAAGGAGGAAAUGAGAAGACUUUAACAACUGCACAGCAGAAAGCUCAGCGUAUAAUGGAAUCCUUUGAAAAUCCAUUUAGAAUGUACCUACCUUCAGAACAGAAUCCUGCCUAUGUCUCACAAGCUGCGAAGUUUGACCCAUCAUCAAAAAUUUAUGAAAUCAGCAAUCGAUGGAAGUUGAUGAGUCAGACACAAGUACAGAAGGAGUCCAAGGAUGCAACCAAAAAGAAAGCAGCCCAGCAGUCAGCUGCUCGUGACCAGGCACAGAAGGUGUAUAAAGAGGCAGCAGAAAAUAUCGUGUCUGUUCGUCAGCAAGCUAUGCAGGAACAAGCUAAUAAGAAGAGAAAAAAAGUCAUGAGUGAAACAGGAACAGAGUUGCCAAAACAAGAGAAGAAGCGGCCAAAAGCCUCCCAGCAACCAGAGGAGCUGGAAGCACCGAAGCAGUUUACCCCCUUUGAUUACAGCAAGUCCAACUUCAAAGUGUUUGCGGGAAGCAGCAAAUCAAAGCAGUCGCCACAAUUUGAUCCUGCCAAGCAAGCUUACGCAGGCAAGAAAUUUGCUGGAGCUGGAGCUAACAAACUUCAACAAUCUGGAAACCGAAGCAUGUCCUACCUGGCGGGGAAAGCUGAUAGGGGUUCCAGGCACCACUGGCCAAAGAGAUAGUCCUUGUUACAGGACCUGUGGGAGUUGCUGCUGAACGAAACAAUUGUCAGAAGCAUUGUCACCAUGGGAAGGCAAAUACCGGUCAUGGAGCAGUUUUUGUACAGAAAUGUUUUUAAACCCAUUAAAAUCCUUUUUUUUCCAAAAGGAAAAACAUCUUAA